AUGCCAAUGAUUAUGGACGACGCCAUCAAUGUUGACGAUUUGUUUGGCGAGUCGGCCUCUCUCGAGCUGGGCUUGCCAGCGACCGCCCCUACCUCCAACUCCACCAAAGGUCUUGCUCAGCGCCUAGAUGAGAUGCGACUCUUGGGGUGCUGUCAGAAGAUUGCUUGGUCUAAACAGGGCUGCAUUGCCUAUAUCUCUCAAGAUACACUGAGAGUGAAUCUUCGUCACCUGGAAUGCCGACCAUCUGAUGGGAAGUGGGUGCUGAGUGAUGACACUCCAUUGCACCCAGUGGCAGAGGCCCAUGGGGGCCAGCCGCUUGUCCACUUAUGCUGGAAUGAAAUUGGAUCUGAAUUAGCCGUGGUUGACUCGUCUGGACGAGUUUCGAUCUAUAAUAUUGCGAUUUCUCUUAACAGUCUAGCUGGGCAACGUCAGGCGACUUUUGAUUCAAUCGAUGAUGGAGCUCAGAUUGUCGGCAUGAUGUGGCUGAAUAUUCAACGUUCCGUCCAUGCUUUCAAUGUAGCAGCCAUGGUGCAAGGGCGCCGGGCGUAUUCGCCAUUUCGACGCCGCCCAAUAGGCCCCUUUCACCCAGCUGGAAAAGCCGCUUUGCUAUGUGUAACCAGAUCCGGCAUCAUCAGGCUCUUGUACCAGAAUCCCGACAACAAAUGGGCAGAAAUCUCUGCAGAACUAAAGAAUGCGAGCUACUCCGACCGACUUCUUACUCAUGCGGCCAUAGUGGCCACUCAGAAUGGAAUUCUCAUCGCUACUCACUCUGCAUGCCAAAAGAUCUACUUCUAUCGAGUGCAGAUUAACUGGACUCCUGCACAAUGGGAUCCGAGCCAGUUGAAGCAGGCACCAAAUCAAUUCCCAGUUCCAAGUUUUCGCUUCAUGCAUUCUAAAGUUGAGGCUCCUUGUAUUAUACCAAGUGCAAGCCGCAAUGGGGAAGCAACCGGCGAUGAAUUGUCACCCUCUACCAACCCACUAUAUUGCCUCACCCGCCUGGAUAUAGUCCUCGCCGCACAUGACAAUUCUGCUGGGAUGACUACAAAUCCAUGGAUAAUUGCUGUUUUCUCGAUCCCCCCUCACGCUACCCCUGAUCACUCACAGCAACAGAGCCCCUCCAGUGUCAUUGUCCGAUGGCAAUUAGAGUCUGCUCCACAGGUGCUUCACCCAAAAUUUGACGAGGUAAACUCAAAGAAGAACAAUGCUCAAAUAAAACCAAAGUCCGUGCUACGGCGACUGGACGACAUGUAUUGCGACAGAUAUGUCACUACGAUAGAGCAGACGGAGCAUGGAAACGUACUAGCUGUCACGUACGACGAUAGUUCGGUCACUUUCUAUGAUCCAAAGACGAUGGCCGUCUUGAAUGGAACUGAUGAUACGAAUACACUGAGUAGCUUAGCCCAUGCAGGAUUCCAUUAUCCUCCUGACUCUGCAGCAGGUCUACACAUCAGCUUCUCCCCCAGUGGCUGUAACGCUGUCACGCUGGAUGGAGAAGGGCAGGCGCAGCUACGGGUGAUGGAACACUCGUAUGGCGCGGAAAAUGGACUUUACGAUGAAAAUAAAUUCUCUGCUGCUAUUGCCUCCUUGACAUUGGCAUUCUGCCGCGGAUGCGGAAGCGAGUUUAAUACCGAUGAUAUUUUGUUAAUUUUGAAACGGCAAGCGUCACCUGAUGCGCAAAUAUCUUUCAUCAAUGAAGUUUACCGCGCUCUAGGAGUCAACUGCAACUAUACACAGGAAAAUGAUAAAUUGAUGAGCCAUCAGUAUUUACCAAAAUGCCUCAGCGUACAAGCCGCGCUGGGGUUCAUUGAUAAAUACAAAUCGCGGAACUUUGCAUCUAAUGUACCGUGGACAAUUCUUCAGCUUCGUCAUGCUUCUGUCCUAUAUGCGCUGUUCCUCCAGUAUCUUAAAGGAGGUGUACAGGCAGAACCACCCGAUGCAGAUGCUAUACGUAUUUUACUUGGAAAUACGAAAUGGGCUCUAGACUUGUUACAUUAUGUUUUGAACGAUCUUCUUGACCUCGCAGAUGAUCUAGAGAGCUUGCUUUCCGACCAGGAGGCUUUUGCCCAAAAAUUGAAAACCAUAAAUUCUCUACCCCUGAUCAUCCUCCUCUCUAGUAUGUCCCGAGCCUUCCUGCGCUUCAUCUGCCGCGGCUUGCGAGGAAUUCAGGCCGGCUAUGCUACUGCACCUCUGACGGGCGAUGCUGGCGUCUACUAUGCCGAGAUUUAUCAAACUCUAGAAACAUCGCCUGUGCGAAUUGACGUUUAUGAGAAAUUGCUUGCUGGGGUGGACUCGACCGUGCGACAUGUCUAUGUUGGAGCGGGCUUUGGUGACAACGAACGGCCAGGGCCUGAAAAGGAACUCUUAGUCAACGGCCGUAUCCCCCCUGUUCUUGUUACAGCAGUCUCUACUAUUCUCCGACAGACGGUCCCCACGCUUAAGCCUGAGAUCGAUCGCAUGGCUAUCUAUAUAGGUGACUACAGUUGGCUCGGCCUUGGGUCCGACCCACGUGCAGAGUUGUAUCGGAGGACCCGGGACGUGGAUAUCAUCAAGAAGAUUCCUUUCAGAAGCCCGACAUCUGCGGGCUCGGACGAGGCUCAAAGCGGAAAGCACAAUCCCAGCCAGGUGCGCAGACGAUGCGUCCGUUGUUGCGAGAUUAUGUGCGGUGCGUACCCGCCACGCCCACAGCUAUCGUCUCGCAUGAUGUACAAAUUGGGCUAUGUGCGGUAUUGUAUCUGUGGAGGAGGAUGGACUCUGGAGUCGGACUUCCACCGCUAG